AUGCCGUAUGAGUAUACCAUGUCGUAUUUUUUAUAUCCAAGGGAGAGAUAUUUUGAAAAUGUUAUUCUCGACGCAAAGAAACAAAGUGAAAAGCAUAUCGAAGAACCACAAGGACAGACAGAGUUUGAAAGACAAAAUCUUCUUCUGGGCCUCAAACGUAUCGGCAGCAGAAAAAUUUAUGAAAUACGUGCCAUGAGUUUUAUCAUUUAUUAUGGUCAUCUCGAUUUACUGAAAUAUUUUGUGGAAUUUAUUGUCAGGCAUAAUCAGGAUAAAUCUGUCAUUUUUGGAUCUACACAGGAAGAACAAGUAAGAUUACUCGUAUUGGCAUGUUAUAAUGGAAAUCUAAGUAUAGUUAAAAUCCUGAUAGAAGAUGUCGGGAAAGCAGGCAUUAACAAGAUGCCUAUGGGGGAAAUCAAACCAAUUGACAAUCGUCACAGAUGCAUAACCCCCGUGAUUGCCGCAUGCUUAAGAAUGAAUCAUGAUGUUGUUAAAUAUCUUUAUGAUAAUGGAGCAGAUUUUAAUCCCCCAAACAGUAUAUAUCCUGCUUUGUGGGUACCAGCAGGAAUUGGGGACCUUGAAACAGUAAUCAAAUUACUUAAUUUUGGUGCUAAUUGUAACGAAUGUGAUAUUAGAGGAUGCUCUCCCUUGGCUUUGGCGUCAAAAUUUGGUCACGAACAUAUCGUAGAAAAACUUAUCGGGCACAGUGCAGAAAUAAAUAUGUGUGAUAUCCGAGGUAAGUCGCCUCUCUAUUUGGCUUCAAUGAAUGGCCAUCAUCUUAUUGUAAAACAGCUUAUUCGAAGGAAGGGUAUCAUCAACAACACAGAUAUUCACGGUCAGACAUCUCUACACUUAGCAUCACAAAAUGGUCAUUUGUCCGUUGUAGAGACAUUGAUUGAGCACGGUGCGGAUUGUGACCUCUCUGAUAAAAAUAACUUGACACCUCUCCAUAGAGCAGCAUUAAGAGGCCACACUUCCCUUGUAAACAAGUUAAUAAAGCAUGCUGCUGACAUCAACAAGUGUGAUAAUCAUGACCAGUCAGCAUUAUAUCUAGCCUCAUGGAAAGGACAUCUAUCUGUUGUAGAAAAACUCAUUGAACGUGAUGCUGACAUCAACAAGUGUAAUAUGAAAGAACAGUCGCCUUUACAUUUAGCGUCUAGAGAGGGUCAUUUAUCAGUAGUUGAAAAACUAAUAGAACAUGCUGCUGACGUCACAAAGGUUGAACUUCAGGGUCUAUCAUGUCUUCAUUUAGCAUCACAACAUGGUCAUUUGGCAGUUAUCGAAAUAUUAAUUGGACACGGUGCUAGUGUCCUCGAUGGUGAUGAAAUAAGGAUAUGGAAAUAA